UGCUCAACCAGUGAGCCGAACAUCCUUUGUCUUUUUUAAUAGGUUUUCUUUAAAGGAAUUUUUAAGAUCCUACCCCCAACAAAAAAGGUUUGUAUUUUUCAACUGAAGAAAAUAAGUUGUGCAACAUAGAGAUUUAGGGGUAAACCAGGACACCAGGCCCCUUUGCAAAAUGCUAAAAAGAUUGAAACAGAGGGUAAGGCCAAAGAUGGCCUUUCAGGCAUCAGGAGGGAAGGUAUACCUUUCUAAAGGGCUGCAGAUCUUUAAAUACAUCUACACCAUCUACACUGAGCAGAGCAGAGCUGUGGAUGUCCUGACCUCCAGCUCUAUUAAUGUAACAAAUACAGUAGGCUCCCCUUAGCCUGGGGAAUAGUUCCAAGACCUCUCCCAGUGGAUGCCUGAAACCUAAGACAGAACCAAACCCUAUACAUACUGUUUUACCUAUACACACAUGCCUAUGAUAAAGGUAACUUAUUUUACAAAUUAGGCACAGAAAGAGAUUAACAACAAUAAUAAAAUGGUAACUAUUAUAACAAUAUAUUGUAAUAAAAGUUAUGUGAACAUGGUCUUCUUCUCUGAUUAUUGAUCUGAUAAUUGAGAGGGCCACUAAGUGACGAAAAGGUGGUUAUAUAUACAGGGUGGAUACUCAGAACAAGGUAAUGAUCCCCACGGCAGGAAGGAGCUGGAUGGCACAUGAUUCCAUCACACUACUCAGAACAGCCUGUAGUUUAAAACUUGUUAACUGUUUAUUUCUGGAAUUUUCCAUUUAAUAUUUUCAGACCACAGUUGACCCUGGGUAACUGAACCCGCAGAAAGAAAGAAACUGGGGAUAGAGGGGGACUACAGUAUGUACACAAAAUUCACUAAGGGCCAAGUAUGGAAUCCUAUUUCCCCAACUCCACACCGCGCGACUUGCCUCCCAAAUCCUUUUACUUGAUGUGACCUUGUACCAGUCACAUCCCAUCCCACAACCUCAGUUCCCCCAUCUGUAAACUCGCCAUCUGCCAAGGCACAAACGAAAUCGAGAAGGAUUCUAUUACUAGUCCGGUGAGAGCAUUAAGUUAUUGGUUAAGAGCCAGGAAAAAUGACCGAUAACAUUUAUUUCUCCACCUCCAAGUCAAAUCCUCCCGGUCGCUGCAAGCUUUCCUGGGUCGUUCCGGGAAAGGCGUGGUCAGGACACUGGGAGCCACGCCCCGAGCAGCAGGGCGGCCUUCGCCGCGCCCAACCCUGCGGCCCAAGGUAGGGGCCCAGCAGAGACGGCGUUCAACUCCCGUUGUAACACUCCGCCAUGAGAGAAAGUAGUCCCUAAACCAUAGCGGACUCCGUCACCCAUAAUAAGGCACGUAUAAAAUCCUAGCCUCUCUCCAGACUCCACUAUGGUUUUGAGGCCUCGGGGACACCUUCCGGCACACUGGAAACCUCUCUUUCUCCAGGUCGCCGUAGAAAGUAGUUCCGGCCUACGCUAGGUCGAUGGGUCCCUCCGCAGCAGGGGAAAGAAGAUGGCGACCUCGUCGAUGCCGGAGUCGGAGAGGAACGCCGCUACGGAAGCGUCCGAGUGAAGGCCCCAGACCCUGCGCCCCCUUGUCAGGCGGCCCCCCGAGCCCAUGGAGGAAAACGAGGUGGAGAGCAGUAGUGACGCGGCCCCUGGGCCUGGCCAGCCAGAGGAGCCCUCUGAGAGCGACUUGGGUGUGGGCACCUCAGAAGCGGUGUCCGCCGACAGCAGCGACGCAGCGGCAGCCCCGGGGCCGGCGGAGGCCGACGACUCGGAAGUGGGGCAAAGCUCGGACCGCGGCAGCAACUCUCUGGAGGAGGUAUCUGAGAGCAGCUCAAGCACGGACCCCCUGCCCCAUGGCUACCUCCCUGAUUCAUCUUCUGUGUCCCAUGGGCCAGUGGCAGGGGUGGCAGGUGGCCCCCCAGCUCUCGUGCACUCCAGCGCACUCCCAGACCCCAACAUGCUGGUGUCCGACUGCACAGCUUCUUCCUCAGACCUGGGCUCAGCCAUCGACAAGAUCAUCGAGUCCACCAUCGGGCCCGACCUCAUCCAGAGCUGCAUCACUGUGACCAGUGCUGAGGAUGGUGGGGCUGAGACCACACGGUACCUGAUCCUGCAGGGACCAGACGAUGGUGCCCCCAUAGCAUCGCCAAUGUCCAGUUCCACCCUGGCCCACAGCCUGGCAGCCAUUGAGGCCCUGGCUGACGGCCCCACGUCUACAUCUACAUGCCUGGAGCCACCUGAGGAGGCACAGGGUGGGUCCAGCUCCCCAGCACAGCCUCCCCCGGCUUCUGGCACUGAGGAGCCAGACCUGCAGAGCCUGGAGGCCAUGAUGGAGGUGGUGGUGGUGCAGCAUUUCAAGUGCAAGAUGUGCCAAUACCGGAGCAGCACCAAGGCCACACUACUACGCCACAUGCGGGAGCGGCACUUCCGCCCAGCGGCAGCAGCAGCAGCUGGUAAGAAGGGACGUCCACGGAAAUGGGGUACCUCGACCAAGACCCAAGAGGAAGAGGCACCAGAGGAGGAAGAUGAUGAUGAUAUUGUAGAUGCCGGUGCCAUUGACGACCUAGAGGAGGACAGCGACUACAAUCCAGCUGAGGAUGAGCCCCGGGGCCGACAGCUACGGCCCCAGCGCCCCACUCCCAGUACACUGAGACCCAGAAGGAGACCUGGCCGGCCCCGGAAGCUGCCUUGCCUGGAGACCUCGGACCUCCCAAAUGGUGUGGGAAGAGAGCCUCCAGUGAGUUCCCAGAAUGGACAGAGCCCUCCGGAGCUACAGGACCCUGAGGCACCCAGCUCCUCAGGCCCAGGACACCUGGUGGCCCUGGGCAAGACCGAUAGGGUCCCAGUGGAGCCUAAUAUAAGCCAAUCAGAUGCAGAGAACGCAGCACCCACCUGCCAGGAGGAGCCCGACACCCCACCUCGCCGCCGUGGCCGACCCUCCAGGCGCUUCCUAGGCAAGAAAUACCGCAAAUAUUAUUACAAGUCACCCAAACCACUUCUGAGGCCCUUCCUGUGCCGCAUCUGUGGCUCCCGCUUCCUGUCCCACGAGGACCUGCGCUUCCAUGUAAACUCCCAUGAAGCCGGAGACCCCCAGCUCUUCAAGUGCCUUCAGUGCAGCUAUCGCUCACGCCGAUGGUCCUCACUCAAGGAGCACAUGUUCAACCAUGUGGGCAGUAAGCCCUACAAGUGUGAUGAAUGCACCUACACCAGCGUCUACAGGAAAGAUGUCAUUCGGCAUGCAGCCGUGCACAGCCGGGACCGGAAGAAGAGGCCAGAUCCUACCCCAAAGCUGAGCUCCUUCCCCUGUCCCGUGUGUGGCCGUGUCUACCCGAUGCAGAAGAGACUCACACAGCACAUGAAGACACACAGUACUGAGAAGCCCCACAUGUGUGACAAGUGUGGAAAGUCUUUUAAGAAGCGCUACACCUUCAAGAUGCACCUGCUCACCCAUAUCCAGGCUGUCGCCAACCGCAGAUUCAAGUGCGAGUUUUGCGAGUUUGUUUGUGAGGACAAGAAGGCACUGCUGAACCACCAGCUGUCCCAUGUCAGCGAUAAGCCCUUCAAAUGCAGCUUUUGCCCCUACCGUACCUUCCGAGAGGACUUCCUCCUGUCUCACGUGGCCGUCAAGCACACAGGGGCCAAACCCUUUGCUUGUGAGUACUGCCACUUCAGCACACGGCACAAGAAGAAUCUACGCCUGCACGUACGGUGCCGACAUGCAAGCAGCUUUGAGGAAUGGGGGCGACGCCACCCCGAGGAGCCCCCCUCCCGUCGUCGCCCCUUUUUCUCUCUGCAACAGAUUGAGGAGCUGAAGCAGCAGCACAGUGCAGCCCCUGGGCCACCCCCCAGCCCCCCAGGACCUGCUGAGGUCCCCCCAGAGGCAGCACCUUUCCAGUCACCUGAGACUCCCCCACUGCUCUGUUCUGACACCCUGGGUGGUGCCACCAUCAUCUACCAGCAAGGAGCUGAGGAGUCUACUGCCAUGGCUACACAGACAGCUUUGGAUCUGCUGCUGAACAUGAGUGCUCAGAGGGAGCUGGGGGCUGCCGCCCUGCAGGUGGCUGUGGUGAAGUCAGAGGAUGCGGAAGCACAGUUAGCAUCCCCUGGUGGGCAGCCCUCCCCAGUGAGUACCACUCCACAAGUGGUAACCCUCCAUGUGGCAGAGCCAGGGGGCGGUGUGGCAGCCGAGAGCCAGCUAGGCCCCCCUGACCUACAGCAGAUCACCCUGGCACCCACUCCAUUUGGUGGGGCUGGCUACAGUGUCAUCACAGCACCCCCUAUGGAAGAGGGGACAUCAGCUCCUGGCACACCCUACAGCGAGGAGCCCCCAGGGGAGGCAGCCCAGGCUGUGGUUGUGAGUGACACCCUGAAAGAAGCUGGCACCCACUACAUCAUGGCAGCUGAUGGGACCCAGCUGCAUCACAUCGAGCUGACUGCAGAUGGCUCCAUCUCCUUCCCAAGUUCCGAUGCCUUGGCCUCUGGAGCCAAGUGGCCUCUGCUGCAGUGUGGGGGACCACCCAGAGACGACCCUGAGCCCCCAACUCCAGCUAGAACCCACCCAACAGGAGACCCCCAGGGCUCUGCCUCCCCACCUCCUACAACUAGCAAAGCCUUGGGCCUACUAGUGCCCCCCUCACCACCAUCUGCAGCCACUGCAUUGUCAAAGAAGUUUUCCUGCAAGAUCUGUGCUGAGGCCUUCUAUGGCCGAGCUGAAAUGGAGAGUCACAAACGGGCCCAUGCUGGACCGAGUGCCUUCAAGUGCCCUGAUUGCCCCUUCAGCGCCCGCCAGUGGCCUGAGGUCCGGGCCCACAUGGUGCAGCACUCAAGCCUGCGGCCUCACCAGUGCAGCCAGUGCAGCUUUGCCUCCAAGAACAAGAAGGACCUGCGGCGGCACAUGUUGACCCAUACCAACGAGAAGCCUUUUUCAUGCCACCUCUGCGGGCAGCGUUUCAACCGGAACGGGCACCUCAAGUUCCACAUCCAGCGGCUACAUAGUCCUGAUGGGAGAAAGGCAGGGACCCCUACUGCCCGGGCCCCAGCUGGGACCCCCACCCAGACCAUCAUUCUGAACAGUGAUGACGAGACACUGGCUACACUGCACACUGCACUCCAGUCCAGCCACGGGGUCCUGGGCCCAGAGCAGCUACAGCAGGCACUGGGACAGGAACACAUCAUCGUGGCCCAGGAGCAAACAGUGACCAAUCAGGAGGAAGCCACCUACAUCCAAGAGAUCACCACAGCAGAUGGCCAGACAGUACAGCAUCUGGUGACCUCCGACAACCAGGUACAGUACAUCAUUUCUCAGGAUGGAGUUCAGCACCUGCUCCCCCAGGAAUAUGUUGUGGUCCCAGAGGGCCAUCACAUCCAGGUACAGGAGGGCCAAAUCACACACAUCCAGUAUGAACAAGGAGCCCCAUUCCUUCAGGAGUCCCAGAUCCAGUAUGUGCCUGUGUCCCCAAGCCAGCAGCUUGUAACACAGGCCCAGCUAGAGGCUGCAGCACACUCAGCUGUCACAGCGGUGGCUGAUGCUGCCAUGGCCCAAGCCCAGGGCCUAUUUGGCCCAGAGGAGACAGUGCCUGAACACAUCCAACAGCUGCAACACCAGGGCAUCGAGUACGACGUCAUCACCCUGACCGAUGACUGAGCCUCAGGGGCACAACAGACCAUGGAUAUUGGGGCUAGCCCUGCUAGGGGUGGGGAGGACCCACCAGGAAUCACCUCCCUGCUGUACCUAGGAUCUUCAGAUACUGGACAGCCAGCAUACUGUUGCUCCAAGGGAGCCAGACCUGUGCUAUGGGGGUUGGGGGGGCAGCCAAGGGCACCAGCCAGGACAUGCUGGGUGCCCCAGCCUGCAGGCAGGCUUUGGGAGAGAAAUUUUAUUUUUGUUUUGACGGACCCACUGGCCUCAGUCUCAAUAAAGGGACCAGAGUCCAGCCCUG